UCUCUCUCUGCGUAAUUCAUAAGAAAUAAACAAACUUAUAUUUUGGAUUCUGACUCUGCCUUUCGCCGUAUUUCUGACAUUUCCACCUCACAUCACCCCAUAAAGCAAACAACACACAGAGGAAAAAAACCAGAAAAAAAAAUCUCAUACAGUGCAAAAUAAUUCAAAAGCAAACCCAAAAAGAAAAAAAAAAAACCCAACUCUCUCUCUCUCUCUCUCUCUCUUUCUCGCUCGACAAGAAUAAAAACCCCACAUUACUCUUCCCGCUUUGUUUCUCAUCUUUUCUCUAAGAAGAAAACCUCUUUGGCUCUACAACCAUGAACACGCCCACUUGCGGACCCGACCCGGUUUCACCCAACACCACAUACGUCCAAGCCGACCCGGCAACUUUCAGGGCCGUGGUCCAGAAGCUGACCGGAGCACCCGAAGACCCAUCAGCCCAAAAGCUCCCUCUCACCCUCCCAGCCCGCUAUUCCAACCCAAAACCCACCAGCGCCACCGAAAUGGGGCCCCGGAGACCCGCUUUCAAGCUCCACGAGCGCAGGCACGCCACCAAGAAGCUAGAGCUGAACCUCAACACGGCGAGCCCAUCCGCCUCAUGUGGGCCCCACGGUAGGCCCAGAGGGUUUGUAGGAUUUGGGAGCCAUCACGAGAUGGUGAUGGUUUCGCCCGUUUCGACAUUGGACUUUCUCGCACGUGGGAGCCCGAGGACACCCGCGUCACCGUGUGAAGAUGAAGAUAGGGCCAUUGCUGAGAAGGGGUUCUAUUUGCACCCAAGUCCUCCGCUAAGUACACCCAGAGGCUCUGAGCCUCCUGAGCUAUUGCCUCUGUUUCCCCUCCAUUCUCCACGAGAUAGCCAGAACUCUUCUUCUGCUACUUAAUUAGCAACCCAACAAAUUUUUUUUUUAAUUUUAUUUUUUGAUCAAUUUUCUGUUGUUCAUGAGGUUCUUAUUAUAGUGGUAAUUAUGGGUUUGGAUAUUUUUCAAAUUUU